UUAACAACCGCCUCGGGUGCGUCUGAUGCGAUGGUUCAGACCGCAUUUUGAAAAGCAGAGUAGGACGGGGAAGGAUGGUGAGUACAAGAGUCAGCUGCUCCAAGGCGUCCUGUUUCGGCCGCUUUGGAGGCGAAGGCUGCGUCCGGGCUUAUUCACACCUUUGAACCUUCAGAGCGCGGGGGCGUCGUGGCGUCAGGCCCCGCGGCACCUGCGACGAGGACACUCGCCCACGCUCCGGGCCGGCGACGCCAGAGCCGCCCAAACCGCCGGUCCCCAGAGCUCCCCGGGGUUUCCUUCGGUUUCAUUUGAGCUCAGGUCCGCGCCGGGCCUCGCCGCUUCCCGCCGGCGCCCGGGGUCCACCGCCAGCUGCGAGUCCACUGGGGGCUCCGACGGAAGCGACGCCCCGUCCCGCCCCCCGCUGCCCGCCGGAACCGGAAGUCAGCGGCUGCCGCCCGCUCACCGCCCCCCGCGGGCCGCCCGCACCAUGCUCCGCGGCGCCCGCUGCCUGCGCGGGGCUCCCUCGGCACCCUCCGCGGUCCUGGCGGUGGCUCUGCUCUCGUCGCUCUCGCGCUGCUCCCUCCUGGAGCCGGAGCACCCCGCGGUCUCGGCGCUCAGCCCCUACUUCGGCACCAAAACUCGCUACGAGGAUGCCAACCCCGGGCUGCGGCGGGACCCCGAGGCGCCGCUGCGCGACCCGCAGCUGCUGGAGGAGACCUGCACCCCGGUGCAGCUGGUCGGCCUCAUCCGCCACGGCACCCGCUACCCGACGGCCAAGCAGAUCCGCAAGCUGCGGCAGCUGCACGGGCUGCUGGAGGCCCGCGGGCCCGGGGGGGACCUGGGCGCCGCGCUGGCCGCCUGGCCGCUGUGGUACGCGGACUGGAUGGACGGGCAGCUGGUCGACAAGGGGCGGCAGGACAUGCGACAGCUGGCGCUGCGCCUGGCCUCCCUCUUCCCCGCCCUCUUCAGCCGCGAGAACUACGGCCGCCUGCAGCUCAUCACCAGCUCCAAGCACCGCUGCGUGGACAGCGGCGCCGCCUUCCUGCAGGGGCUGUGGCAGCACUUCCACCCCGGGCUGCCGCCCCCCGACGUCGCAGACAUGGAAUGUGGACCUCCAAGAAUUAAUGAUAAACUAAUGAGGUUCUUUGAUCAUUGUGAAAGGUUUUUAACUGAAGUGGAAAGGAAUGAUACAGCUCUUUAUCAUGUAGAAGCCUUCAAAACUGGACCAGAAAUGCAGAACAUUUUAAAAAAAGUUGCAGCUACUUUGCAAGUGCCAGUCAACAAUUUAAAUGCAGAUUUGAUUCAGGUAGCUUUUUUCACCUGUUCAUUUGACCUGGCAAUUAAAGGUGUUAAAUCGCCUUGGUGUGAUGUUUUUGAUACAGAUGAUGCAAUGGUAUUAGAAUAUUUAAAUGAUCUGAAACAAUAUUGGAAAAGAGGAUAUGGGUAUACUAUUAAUAGUCGAUCCAGCUGCAUCCUGUUUCAGGAUAUCUUUCAGCACUUGGACAAAGCAGUUGAACAGAAAAAAAGGUCUCAGCCAAUUUCCUCUCCAGUCAUCCUUCAGUUUGGUCAUGCAGAGACUCUUCUUCCACUGCUCUCUCUCAUGGGCUACUUCAAAGACAAGGAGCCCCUCACAGCUUACAAUUACAAGGAACAAAUGCAUCGGAAGUUCCGAAGUGGUCACAUUGUACCUUAUGCCUCAAACCUGAUAUUUGUGCUUUACCAUUGUAAAAAUGCUAAGACUGCUAAAGAAGAAUUCCGAGUGCAGUUGUUAUUGAAUGAAAAGGUGUUACCAUUGGCUAACUCGCAAGAAACUGCUUCUUUGUAUGAUGAUCUGAAGAACCAUUACAAGGACAUCCUUCAGAGUUGUCAUACCAGUGAAGAAUGUCAAUUACCAAAGGUGAACAACACAUCUGAUGAGCUAUGAAUAACUGGAGAACAUUUUUAAUUCAUCAGGAAUCUAUAGGGCGUGAUUACAUGCGUGGAGUAGGUGGGCAGUCCCUGGUUACAGAAAGCUUUCACAUUACUUGGGUAUUUCUGUCUUCAUAGAAAAACAAUGAGUUUCUUUUUUAGUCUGGACAUGAACGUGUAAGCAACAAUUCUUCACUGGAGCAGCUCUCUUAAGGGGAAAAUAUCUAUUCAAAGAAAUAGUUGGCACUGCAAAUGUUUACAGAAGUUAAAUUCUUCCUUUUUAUAUAAGAAAUCUCACACUGAGAAUAUGUUUUCCAAAUAAAGCUUGAAAAUGCUGGAGUAACAAAGUAUGUCAGUUGGAUGAUCCAUAACUUGAUGAACCUUGUCUAUGAACUUUACCAGUUGUGCUGCAAUUCUCUCUUUUUUUUCCUCAAGUAGCACAGUUCUAGUAUUAUCUUUCUUAAUCAGAAAUAUUGUGAUACACUGGGAAUAUCAUUUUGGAAGAAAGUUAAGAUCUCUGAGAAUUUGAAACAAUAUUAAGCAGUCUGAUGUAAAAGGACACUUUCACUGAAGAAAGACAAAAAAUAAAAUAAAUGUUUUUGUUAAUAGUAUUUAUAAAGUAUUUGAAGACUUUUUCAAUAAUUCCUUUUAGACUUCUACUAAGUCCUGCAAAGCCAGUCUUUCACUGUCAUACCUGUUUUAUAUAUAUAACAAUAGAAUGACAAAGAGGACCAUUAGCAAUGUCAGAUGGAUCGAAUCAAAGUUCCUUCAGUCCAUUGCUUAGCAGUUUUUAGCAUUCUGUCACUUUGCUUCAGUUUUUAUACACGGUGUCCCAAAAAAUGUAUACACACUUUAAAUAAUUAUAAAAGCAAUGUUUAUUAAAAGACAUUUCAUUUUUAAAAUGUAGUAGAAUCAGCUGUUAAAGUCUGUGUAUACAUUUUUGGGGGACAGCCUAUAUUUUGCUAUUACAUCUUUUGAAAUAUGUUUUGGUUGCUUAAUUUUUUUUAUUCCUUUUGUUUAUUAUUAAUUUCAGGGAGGAAGGGAGAGAGAGAGAGAAACAUCAAUGAUGAGAGAGAAUCAUCAAUUGGCUGCCUCCUGCAUGCCCCCUGCUGGAGAUUGAGCCCAAAACCUGGGCAUGUGCCGUGACCAGGCAUCGAACCCUGACCUCAUGAGUCAGUGCUCAAUUACUGAGCCAUACUGGCCAGGCUCUUUUUUAAAAAAUAAAGACUAUCCUGGCUGGCUUAGUUUCACAGAUAUGAACCCAUUUUUUAAAAAGAGUUCUGAAUUCUGUCAAAUACCAUGAAAGUUUUUGCUAUAAUAAUAAGCAGAAUUCUUGCCCUGGCUGGCUUCACUCAGUGGUUAGAGCGUUGGCCAGCAGACUGAAGGGUUGUGGUUUUGAUUCCCAUCAAGAGCACAUACCUCAGUUGCUGGCUCCAUCCCCCACCCCGUCGGAGUGUGCGGGAGUCAAUCAAUCUAUGUGAGACAAAUGUCUCUCUCUGUCUCUCCCCUCCCUUACACUCUCUAAAAAAAUCAGUGGAAAAAAUAUCCUUGGGUGAGAAUUAAACAAACAAAAGACAAAAUUCUUGGUCUUUUCUACUCUUUGUGUUGAUAAACAAUCAGUCAUUGAUGGUAAAAGUUUGGGAAUUUAAGCAGCUUUGACUAAAUCAGGCAAUGCAAGGCAAUUUUCUUGUAAUUGAAAUAUUCUCAAAUAAAUGGAAAUCCAUUUUAUUAAAAAA